UUCUCUUCAUACUUUCCUUCACUUGGAGGUGUGCGUGCUUAAUUGCUUGGUGAAGCAAAGAUGAGUGUGGAGAUAUUGGAUGGAGCCACCGUUCGUGAUUUCGUGGAGGAUGAGGGGGCCUUCAAUGGAUCGAUCGAGGACCGGUUUGCGAGCCUCGACAGUGAUCGUGAUGGCCGGCUCUCGUAUGCUGAGAUGUUGAAGGAGUUGAUGAGCCUCAGGGUGCUGGAGAUCCACUUUGGCGUGGACGGGGUGGAGUUGAGCCCUGAUGAGCUGCUGCUGCUAUACCGUGGUCUAUUUGCUCGGUUCGAUCAUGAUGGCAAUGGAACAGUGGACUUGGAGGAGUUCCGGACUGAGAUGAGGGAGAUGAUGUUGGCCGUGGCGAAUGGGCUUGGGUUCUCGCCGGUGCAGAUGGUGGUGGAGGAGGGGAGUUUCCUCAAGAGGGCUGUGGAGAGGGAGUCAGCCAAGUUAGCGGCGUAGAAUGUCUUUUUGGCUUUUGUGUUGCUAUCGAGUUAUUUUUGUGUUCAGUUUAAUUUGUGUUGCUAGUCUGAUUUCUUUUUUCAAGAGAUCAAUAUGAGGAAGAAAAUGAAAAAUUUCAUCUCCAAUCCUUUCUAUUGGUUUUUAGAUGGGAUAUUGCUAAUACAUUUGUGCUCAGAAGUACAUGAGGAAAUAAAUGGAGCUCAGAUUCCUCUUUCUUCUUCUA